AUGUUCACACUCACUGCCACAGGUGAUCUGUAAAUAGGUACAUGAUAUUCAUUUAAUCAGUAAAUAAAGGGAUUAAACAAUAAAUCAUAUAAAAGUACAAUGGCAGGAAGUCGGCUUGAGAAGUUUGGCACUGUCUUCACACGGGUUAGAGAUCUCAUGCGUGCUGGGGUUAUCAAACAAUCCGAAAAACCCGUGUGGUUCGACGUGUAUGCUGCUUUCCCUCCCAAGAGAGAUCCUUUGUAUGUCAAGCCCGCAAGAGAAUUACGAGGGAAAAGAAGUCGUGAAGACGUUGUCCCCGACAUUUUCUACAAGGAGGAUGACAUACGAGCAAAAUUCUUUGAGGUGUAUGGAAACGGACCCAGGGCUUUCGAUCUAUCCAAAGCCAACUUUGUUUCAACAUGUCAGAGGUUUGUGGAGAAAUACAGUGAGCUGGAGAGUAGGGGUGAUGUAGAGAAGGAGGUGUUGUUUCAUGAAACAGCCAAAGCACUCCUUGCAGAGGGGAUUGUGUUGAGGAGAAGGGGAGGGCCCAUGGUGGCGACAGAGCUCCGGGACCCUGUUCUGGACAUGAAAUUGACUGACAUGCUGGCAGAGCAGCAGAAGGACAGCGCAGAUGAGACACAGGGAGAACAGACACAAACACAGACCACAGAAAACCAGAUGUCUCCAUAGCCCUACAAAAUACAGGGAUACCUCACCCACAGCUGCGGUAACCCCCUACGACUAAGGGUCCCAGUUACAUCCUCACACAUACCAGGUCUCUAAAUAUGCUGAAGUACUUCCACUUGAGUCUCAGUCGUGUUGUACUGUUUAGCUAGGACACCACCAGGUUAGGAUAGCAUAACAGGACCAGCCUUCGGUGUAAAAAAAAAAAAAAAAGAAAAGAGAAAAAAAAAUCAAUGAAAAGGAACAAAAGCUGUACAGAUUGCCGUACCAGAUGUUUGAGUUAGUCAUUAGCAUAUGACUCAUUUUGUUGUGCAUUUUCAUCAGAGGCUUUGUAAAUAAAUGGGGCUGAUCUUUCUCUCUCUUUCAGACACAUCCUCCUUUUUUCCAUAUCCUCAAAUCUUCCCUUCUCCGUAUCUUAAUACAGUCAUUAACUUAUGAGACAUAAAAACAUGUUUUUAGAACUUGUCUACUGCUAUAUCAAGGCUGUUUGUCCCAGGGAAGGCCUGUACUGUACUAUUCAAUAA